CGAUCACACCUCGACGAUUUUCUCUUCUCUUCCGCUUCUUGCGCUUCAAAGGGCUGCCAGGCUCUGAAUUGUCAUAAAGGGUGGACGGCGCUAUGAUAUGAAGGGGUGCGCGCGGGGCACAAUGUUUGGACACCGCUAGUUGGCCCGUCAUGACAACUGCCUCGACUGCUGCUGCUGCUGCUGCUCCCACUCCCUCUGCGCCCUCUGCGUCCCCUGCUGUCACUGUCACUGCACAGAGUCAGGGCCCCGCUCCCACUCGUCUCUCAACCCCACGACCAAGAACUCCCAAGGCAAGCUCAGAACCAUCGUCGUCGACAAACAACAACUUGAAGGCCAGUACCAGGUCACGGACCAAACGGGGAUCGCCGUCGCCCCAGUCCAACUCGCAUCGGACAGACCCCCUCUCCGACAAGGCCACCGUCUAUCUGAUCCGGCGCAUCUUGUGUCCUCAACACCAGGACAAGGGCAAGACCACGCCGCCGAUAUCGAUCGAGGAUGUGCUACCGCCUCUGACCAGUCGAAACGAUGUCGACCUGCAGCUGUACGCACUGAUUGCCAUCAUCCUCCGGGAAUAUGUCCAGAACUGGUACAACAAGAUCACCCCCGACGACUCGUUUGUCGCCGAGAUCGUCCAGCUUAUUGCCCAUGUCACCCGAGCGCUUGAGCAGCGCCUUCGCAAUGUCGACCUCGAGAGCUUGCUCCUAGACGAGCUGCCCGAUCUUCUCGACAGGCAUGUCACUGCCUAUCGAGCAGCUCACAAUCCCAUCACGCAGUCUCCCCUCCAGACGGAUGCGCGAGAGAUCUAUCACGCUCUGUGCCCCCUGCCCGCUCUGUCUCCCGUCCCGUGCUCAGGAAGCCCGGAGAGCAUAGCUGAGCAAGCCGAAAAUGAGGCGGCCUAUCGUCAGCUGCUGGUUCAUGCUGUGCUUGCCGUGCUCUUGCCCACUGAGGAUCUCCAGAACAACUGUCUCGUGGCCCUGGUUGGCCAGAUAUUGUCGGAGCUGAUAAUCGGAAAUAUUCUAGCCAACAAGCUGUCAGAGCCUUGGUUCAUCUGGGAAUGUUUCUCAAUAGCGUCCAACGUUAUUACACGGCGCACAUCUGUCGAAAAUGAGCCUCUGCCCCCAAGGAAGAGCAAAGUACCGGUACAAGCUCGCAGUUCGUCCUCGAUCCAGUCGAUCCAGGCACUGUUCUGGACCUUCAUUCACUGGAUCUUUCUCUCGAUAUCGUUUGUGAGGAUGGCUAUCACUAUCUUGACCACUUCCCACUCCUUGCCACCUCGUUUGUCUCGCAGCGCGACAGCAUACGAGAAAGUGGCGGCUCACCAUACGACUCAACUGGAUCUCGAAAAGCAUGCCGGUUCGUCCGAUGUGGAGCCAGAACGCUUCAAGACACCCGUUUUGGCAUUCAGAUGCUGGUCAGCAAUAUCGAACUUGAUCGAGAUGGACGGCCGGAUGGCGUGGCUCAGCGGCACAGUGUCCAUGUUGCAGUGGAUCAUGAUGAGAAGCCCAGGAAGGCUGGGUGGUGUUGAUGGGAGCAUUGACAGGUAGGUCAGCCUCUUUCCUUGCCAUUUUCCCUCACUUUCCUACUCCCCUCUGCACGCUCAACUGUCGCACCGCAUGAUU